GGGGCGGAGCGGAGCGCAGGAGAAGGCGGGGGAGGAGAGGCCCCCGGGACCGCGAGCGGCAGCUGGGGAGGGGGCAGCGGAGCCGGAGAGCGAGCAAAACAGCUGAUCUGAUUUUCCCUUAAAGCGAGAGAAAAUGGAAGUCGGGUAGCGGCGACUGCGGCGCUGCAGGCUGGCGGAGCGGAGCGGCGCGGCAGAGCCCUCAGGGGUUGUGGUCCCACACCAUCUACUGGGGCAAGAAUGGGCCAUAUCCAGCAGGGACGGUGCAGCAUUGCCCUGGCUGCCUGAUUGCCACACACCCCCAGAGAAUCACACUGUCUGAAAAGUGGAAGUGACAAAAGAGGAGCUCCACCAGCCAAGGCUCCAGUACGCGGAGAGAAGGAAGAAGGCAAUCUCCUAAUUGGUACCAUAUACAUCAGAUGGAUGGUUUCUAGCCUGCUUCCAAACCCCACCUCGGCUGAGUGUUGGGCAGCCCUUCUACAUGAUCCUAUGACUCUUGAUAUGGACGCAGUCCUGUCAGACUUUGUUCGGUCCACGGGGGCAGAACCUGGUCUGGCCAGAGACCUGCUGGAAGGCAAAAACUGGGACCUGACAGCCGCUCUGAGUGACUAUGAGCAGCUCCGACAGGUGCACACAGCCAACCUGCCACAUGUGUUCAACGAGGGCAGGUGUCCCAAGCAGCCAGAGCGAGAGCCACCGCAGCCCGGGCACAAGGUGGAACGGCCCUGCCUUCAGAGGCAGGACGACAUCGCCCAAGAAAAGCGACUUUCUCGGGGAAUUUCCCACGCCAGCUCGGCUAUCGUCUCCCUGGCCAGGUCCCACGUGGCCAGUGAGUGCAACAAUGAGCAGUUCCCCCUGGAGAUGCCCAUCUACACAUUCCAGUUGCCGGAUCUGAGUGUGUACAGUGAAGACUUCAGGAGUUUCAUCGAACGGGACUUGAUCGAGCAGGCGACCAUGGUGGCUUUGGAGCAGGCAGGUCGCCUGAACUGGUGGUCCACCGUGUGCACGAGCUGUAAACGGCUUCUUCCUUUGGCCACUACAGGAGAUGGGAACUGCCUUUUACACGCCGCCUCUCUGGGAAUGUGGGGGUUUCACGACCGGGACCUGGUUUUGCGGAAAGCUCUCUACACCAUGAUGAGGACAGGGGCUGAAAGGGAAGCCCUAAAGCGAAGGUGGAGGUGGCAGCAGACACAGCAGAACAAGGAGUCAGGGCUGGUGUACACCGAGGAGGAAUGGGAGCGGGAGUGGACUGAGCUACUGAAAUUGGCAUCCAGCGAGCCACGCACGCACUUCAGCAAGAACGGUGGCACAGGCGGGGGUGUGGACAACUCUGAGGACCCCGUGUAUGAGAGUCUAGAGGAGUUCCAUGUGUUUGUCCUCGCCCACAUAUUAAGAAGACCAAUAGUUGUCGUAGCAGAUACGAUGUUGAGGGACUCAGGUGGAGAAGCAUUUGCUCCAAUCCCAUUUGGAGGGAUUUACCUGCCUUUGGAGGUGCCUCCCAACAGGUGCCAUUGCUCACCUCUGGUUCUUGCCUAUGAUCAAGCGCAUUUCUCUGCCCUGGUGUCCAUGGAGCAGAGAGAUCAGCAAAGAGAACAAGCCGUGAUCCCUCUGACGGAUUCGGAGCACAAGCUGCUGCCUCUGCACUUUGCAGUGGACCCCGGGAAGGACUGGGAGUGGGGCAAAGACGACAACGAUAACGCCCGGCUGGCCCACCUGAUCCUGUCGCUAGAAGCCAAGCUGAACCUUCUGCACAGCUACAUGAACGUGACGUGGAUCCGGAUCCCCUCGGAGACCCGGGCCCCUCUGGCACAGCCGGAAUCCCCAACAGCCUCUGUGGGGGAGGACGUGCAGUCCCUGGCCGACUCCCUGGACUCGGACCGCGACUCGGUGUGCAGCAAUUCCAACAGCAAUAAUGGCAAGAAUGGCAAAGACAAAGAGAAAGAGAAGCAACGCAAGGAAAAGGACAAGACCCGCGCGGACUCCGUGGCCAACAAGCUGGGCAGCUUCAGCAAGACGCUGGGCAUCAAGCUGAAGAAAAACAUGGGUGGCCUGGGAGGUCUCGUGCACGGCAAAAUGGGCCGCGCUAACUCCGCCAACGGCAAGAACGGCGACGCCCCCGAGCGCAGCAAGGAGAAGAAGACCAAGUCACGCAAGGGCAGCAAGGAGGAAUCGGGUGCGUCGGCGAGCACGUCUCCGUCGGAAAAGACCACGCCGUCGCCCACGGACAAGGCGGCCGGGGCGUCGCCGGCCGAGAAGGGCGGCGGGCAGCGGGGCGACGCCUGGAAGUACAGCACGGACGUGAAGCUGAGCCUCAACAUCCUGCGCGCCGCCAUGCAGGGCGAGCGCAAGUUCAUCUUCGCCGGCCUGCUGCUCACCAGCCACCGGCACCAGUUCCACGAAGAGAUGAUAGGCUACUACCUGAACACGGUCGAGUCGCUGGCGCGCGCCGUGCCCGGCGCCCUGCCCGGCGUGGCGGGGGCGGCCGGCACCGCCGAGCACAAGUCGCAGACCUACACCAACGGCUUCGGCGCCGCGCGCGACGGCCUGGAGUUCGCCGACGCCGACGCGCCGGCCGCCCGCUCGAACGGUGAGUGCGGCCGCGGCGGCCCGGGGCUGGCUCAGCGGCGCUGCCAGCGCGAGAACUGCGCGUUCUACGGGCGCGCCGAGACCGAGCACUACUGCUCCUACUGCUACCGCGAGGAGCUGCGGCGGCGGCGCGAGGCGCGCGGGGCCCGGCCCUGAGUGCGGCGCGCGCUCCGCCAGCUUUUACCAUAAAGGAUUUCUUUUCCAUUCUGUCGGUGUCUUUUUUACAUGCCCUGGUCAACCGGAAGGCCGGCGACUCCUCUGUCAGUGCUGUGUACGUGUUUGGUCAAACGUUCCUAAUGGUGCCUGAACCUACACUGACGCCACUCAGGUAGUAGACGGAUAGGAAACAAGUCAUACUGUUGGAAGUGGGUGUGCUAGCUAGCAUCUGCCUCGUACCUGUGGAAACUCAAUAGCCAUUGCAAGAGUAUUUUUGUUCCUCAAUAAGAGAAAUAAAGAAAUUUGCAGCCCUUUGUUUUUA